UGAGCUGUGGGCGCGCGUCCCCGCGUCGCUUGCGCGUUCCCGCUUCCUUUCCGCCACUGGCUGGAAGGGAAACGCGCAUGCCUGAUGACGAGUCGGAGUUUCUGAUGAAAUCGGCCACCGGAGAGGACUCACGAAGCAGCUGAACGCCUCUUCUGGACGGACACAGAAUAGUAUUACCGGCGGGAGCAGCACAAAUCUACCCACGUCGGAUGAAGAGGCCGCUUUUAGCUGGUGUAGACCUGGAUAUUUGACGUCCUCGCGCCCUGAGUAUCCGCCUGUCAGUUAGCUGUCGUGCUAAGCUAACGCGCCGAAGCAGCCGUUCCUGGUGAGCUCCCCGCCGCCGCAGGAGGUUAAAACGCGGUAGAAUGGCUCGUUUCACCUCUUCAGAUCGGAAUUCAUCCUCGUUUCACGGCUCCGUUGUUGGCUCCCCGUCCGUAAGUCCAGGCUCCGGCUCCACACGACAGAAGUCUAACCACCACUCCCAACGAAACGCCAGCUGUGCCGGAGUUAUGAGAGACAUUUCCUGGAUUCCGUGUGGUUCUGGUGGCUGGUUCUGGUGUCGGUCAGUUUAGAGAGUAUGUGUGAAGCUUUCGGACUACGCGCUUCGGUGUGACAGCUGUCAACCCUCACGGCGGCUCCUCUGAGUUCUUUAACCCCGAACAUGUUCCGGAGCUUGAACCCUGAUGGGCCGCAGAGCUCUGCCUCUCCCGCCGGGUCCAGGCUCUCCUCGAUGGUACAGGACAGCCAGGAAAGCUCGUGGAUCGGCCAGCUGUCCCGGCCUGCGCUGUCCCUUCUGCACAAACUCGUUCCGGGUCGGCCCCGGGCCUCUGCUCUGGUUGAUUCUGGUUCCGGGUGGUUCGGUGGGGAGUCCAAAAGCUUUGUUCAGGAAGAAAACGAGUUUUUAAGAAAACUGACUGAUCUGAUGCCGCUCCCGCAGCACGCGCCUGCUCACCUGUCAUACUUGCAGUGUCAUCAUGAUGGACCAGGUCUGGUGGAGCGUGGGGGCGCCAUCGGCCCUCUUUGGUUGACCCCUGAAUCUUUGGAACCGGAGCGUCCCGGUGGGGCCAACAGUGUCCUCUUCAGACAGCCUCACAUAAGCUUCAUCUCUUCUGUCAGAACUUUUCUAAAUCAGGUUCUGUCGAACUAUCAGGAACUGAGACCUGCUGGGGGCAUGGAGGGUCCAUCAGAGCCGGUGAGCCCCUCUUUGAGGAGCAGGCCCUGGUGGGACAGUCUUCUUCAGGGGGAGGAAAAGUCAUUGUGGUCAGAGAAGUCCUGGCACGAGGAGGGGGCAGAGGCCAGCCAGCUUUGUCUUUCCCCAUCAGCUGAGACAAAGCCCUGCCUGUUUGACCACUACAGCUGCAGAGAGUGGACGCUGGGAGAAAACACUGGACCCCCCCACUACAAAGAAGAGCUAACCCUUAAUGGAGGCCUUUGUACAGUCCAGAACCCAGAGGGGUCGGCAGCAGACCGGCAGCGCUGCAUCAAGCCCUUCCCCAACAGAGUCAAUGGCUUCUCCGGUGUGGAAGAGGAAUACUCCCAAAGCCCCCCCCAAUACCAGGUUAUGUCUGAGGGUGCAACCGAGGAGCAGCCUCAGGUCGACACCCCUGAGAGUGCUUCAGCUGCCACGGAGAUGGAGGAGUCCUCCUCCACACAGGGUAAGGAGGAAGAACAAGCGUGUUCUGGAAGGGCGACUGAACCCUCUGCCCCCCAGUGCCAGAACAAAGCCAUUGCCUUCAUCAUGGGCUGCCCCUGCAGCGACGAUGAGAGCAGCCAAUCAGAAGAGUCCAGUGAUGAAGACGAUGAUGGCUUUGACAGCGAAGGCUCAUCUGACCUGUCCAACUCCUCUGAAGAAGAAGAAGAAGAAGAAGAGGAAGAGGAGGAAGAGGAUGAAGACUCGGACAGUGAGCCCGACUCGGAUUCCGAGCGGUUGUGGACCUCCAUGUGCCAAAUCGCUGACCCCUACAACCCCCGGAAUUUCACUGCCUGCCUGCACACAGGCAGAAGCCAGCCUCAGCCCAUUCACACACCCACGCCCCCUUCUUCCACCCAGUCCAGCCCAGACCCCUCCCCUGACCUUUCCACCUUUGUACCGCCUUCCAGCCUGGACUCGUGGGACGAGUCUACAUCAGCAAGUGAAGUGGAUGAAUGUGAGAGCCUACGGCUGCUCAGCUCCUUUAGCUGCUCUUCAGACCCAUACAGCCUUUUGAACUUCCAGGCCCCACUCAGGACUCGAAGGCCCACCGGGCCCCCCCACAAAGUCAAAGCCAAGAAACCCCCUGAGUCCAAGUCCCAUCCAGAUCAGUUCACUUCAGCAUCUCCACCUGAGUACAACAAGGAGGAGGCAGAGGAGAGGAUGGACAGCGGCUUCUCCGAGCGAUCUGGUUCCUCUAGAUCUACAAGCUGCAGGAGCUCCAAAAAGGUCCGGUUCUGUGACACUGUGGAGGAGUUCUUCGCCAGCUGUGAGGAGGAGGAGGAGGACCGGCAGGGCCCGUGGGAGCAGAUGGCCCGGGACCGCUGUCGCUUUCUGCGGCGCUGCCAGGAGGUGGAGCAGCAAAUCGCGUACUGCCUGCAGCCACAGCACCGACUCCGGGUUUACCAGCGCCUGGAGGACAGCUGAGAGACGCCCUGCAGGGGGCGCUGUCCCUCCUCUGCUGAGCUUUGUUCCGACUCAGACUCACAAAGACAUACCCUCUGGCAGUGAAGAUGUCGCCCAGGUGUGGACUCACCUGUCUCUCACAGCUGCUGUUUUUAUUCAUCUGUUUUUCAGAUAAAACGGAUAAACUCAAAUAAAUAUUUUCCUCUGAGAGUUCAAACGUGACACUUCUGUCAGAGCGCCGCGGGAACAAGCGUCGACAUUAAGACUCAGUGUUUGUGUUGUGCAGAUGAACUGUUAACUGUGUUUGUGUCGCGCUCUUCACUGGCGGUCAAUGAGGUGGAUGUUCAGCAGGGGGCGCUCUGACUCAACCCUGCAGCCACAACCCAGAAACUCAGAAUUUUCAGAAGGAUGUCGGUACCUGAAUUCACCUCAUUUAGACUGAAAAAUGAAGUAUUUGUCGUGAGCUCAGGUGCUUCAGUAUUUCCCAGACAUGACCGUGUUCUUGUUGAUCCAGAUGUGUUCUGAUGCAGCCCGAUUAGUCUGCAGUGUGUGAUAAAUAAUCGGUGUUAUGAUUUUUAUUGAAAAAAACCAAAGUGAGUGGCUCCUUUGAUAACAGCUCUGUGACACUAACAAUGAAGGCCAAUUUGUUUUCAGGCGUGUGGGAGGAGAGCGGCGGCGUGUCUGAAUGUCUGACCUCAGUUCAAAGGGAGCUUUUUAUUUUUGUAUCAUCAUUUGGUUUGUAGUCGAUUGUCCCGCUUGCUCACCUCCUCACACUUUUAUGAUUUAAUAAAAUCAGUAUCUGAUAACUCGACUCUGAAAUCACAUUGUCUUCACUCCUGCUGAAUGUGAUGUUGCGUUCAGGGGUAAUCAUGGACAAUUGAGUGUCAGAAAAAAUGAAGUAUAAAUAAAUAAAAAUAUAAAUAAAAACAUGUCUGAUCUUCAGAUUGCUGGAGUUCUGUAGAUGUACAAAUGA